AUGGUGCGUGGGAUUCGGAGUGUGGGUCCAUCAGAAGAAGAAACACAAGUGAUACGCUUUCUCAACCCCCUUACAAUCAUAAGUGGACCCAAUGGAAGUGGAAAAACUACACUGAUUGAAGCUUUAAAUUAUAUAACCACGGGGGCAUUACCGGCUGGGAAGUUGGCUUCCUUUGUUCACAGUUUGGAGGUAUACUUUAAGGCUUCUCAUAAAGCUCGUAUCGAUGGUAUGGUCAAAUUGCAAUUCACAGACUCCAAAGGUCGAGUAUGCGUUGCUACGAAACGGGUAAAUGCAACCCUUAAAAAG